UCCGUUCCAACUUGCAAGUGCAACGCCCUUCCCCAAAGCAAAAAAAGCAAAGCGGAGAGCACAAUCGCAGAACAAAAGAAGAGUUCCUCACGCCGUGAACAAAUCUGAUCUGAAACAGAUUCUAGACGAGAUCCUUGGAAGAACACGUAGUACGAUCACCUUUCCUUUUCCCGCGUCCCGAAGCGUUCAAAGAUGCCCAGAAACAUGCACAAAAGUCGGGCAAAGCACCGUCACAUCUCACAUGGCCACCUUUAGCGGCACGCCGCUGCUGCUACAUAAACAAGCCCUCGGCACUCACCAGUCACCGCACGAAGCAGGCCGAGUAUCGAUCUUGCGUCGCGGGAGUCGAUCGGAGAGCAUCAAUGGCUUCUCUGCCGCAGCCAUUGCCGUACGGCGGCAGCUACUAUCCCUCCGCCGGCGCCGUCCGGCACGCCAGCGGGCCGGCGCCCGACGAGGGCGGAGGCUCCUUCGGGCCGGUGCUCGUGGUGCUCGCUGUCAUCUCCUUCCUCGCAGUCGCCGCGUGCAUCGCCGGCCGGCUGUGCGGCCGGAGGUCGUCGUCGUCCAGGGAAAAGUCCUCUGCAGAGCAGCAGAGCACCGCGGAUGCGGAGAAGGGUUUGGGCACUGCCAAGUACCCGGCGGUCAUGAGGCCCCUGCCGAGCUCCCGCGCCACGGUGCACGACAUGGACGACGACGACGACGUCUUCGAGAUCAAGUUCGCGCACGUGAAGCCGCCGGCGGGGUGGGAGAAACACGGCGCCGGUGGCGGUGCCGGUGGCGUCGGCAGGAUGCCGGCGCUGCCUCACCCGCUGCUCGGCCCACCCCGGCAGUUCGCGGCAGCAGGCUUCAGGUGUGCUCCUGCUCCUGCAAACGGCGCCGGCGUAGCGAGGCAGGCGCAUCCGCCGCAGGUCAGGGAUGCUGGAGAUUCGUGCGCUGCUCCUGCGAGGCCAACAAAGUAGAUGAUGGCCGCACGAUGUUUCUUGAUAGUACGUUUCAAUAUACCAUUAACUCUACAGCGUCCUCUCAUGUAUGUGAACGUUGAGUUGUACUUCUAGUUUCGAGAUUCGAGUUCACGUUUCCAGUUACGGUUCGGCCAUGCAUGGACUCGAACGAGGGGAAACCUCCUUGUAUAUGUAGUCCUAGUCAUUCUGUAAGACUGUAACUAUUUGCGAAAUAUUUAUACAAAUAAAUUAAGGUCAAAA